GUUCUCCAUCUUCAAAUCUCCUUCAAGCUGUCAAAGUCAUGUCUCGCGAGUAUGAUGAAUUUGACUAUGAGAGGCAAUCAAAUUUUGAUACUGUUAGCUCUCAAGCUGCCUCUGUCUCGGUUGAUGAUGCUAGUAAUACCGGCACUAUCAAUCCUUCUGUUAAUAAACGUCAAAGAACCGCAGGUAUAUGGAAGCAUUACACUUUUUUUGUAAAGACGAUAGGUAAUGAAAAUGUUGAUUAUGCUCGUUGUAAUUUGUGUGGCAAAGAAUAUAAAGCACCUGGUAAAGCGGGUACUUCAACUUGUAAAUCUGAGAGAAAUUUUAAAAAAAACAAAACUUGA